AUAUAAUUGAAAGCAUUAUAAAUGAAGAAGAAGAACCAUCUGAAUUAACUGCUACAUUGUUUGUUAAGAACAUAAAUUUUGAUACCACUGAGGAAGAGCUAAAAAAAGUAUUCAAGAAUACUUCUGGUAUGAAAUCGGCUAAAAUAAAAAUGAAAAAUGACCCUAAGAAUCCUGAUAAAAAAUUGAGUAUUGGAUUUGGGUUUGUUGAAUAUGAUAAUAUGAAAAAUGCAAAGAAUGCUUUAAAAGCAAUGCAGUUUUCAAAUCGUGGAUUAGAUAUGGUACAGAGAAAACGAAAAGAGGAUGAAAUAAUGAAAAAGAAAAAAGAUUCCACAAAAAUCAUCAUUAAAAAU